UGCCUCAGCAGAAGAGUUCUCUCUUUGCUUUCCGAACCUGACUCCCAGGAAGGAAGAAACCUCCGCGGCUCCUUUAAGGACGAGGCAGACCCAAAGCGAGGUCUACAGAACGAAGGGGCAUCGAAGAGCGUCUUCAAAACCAAAGAUGUCCCUGGCUGUUGGCUUUGUUUCCUUUAUGUUGGUGCUGCCUGCUCUGCAUAUGACUGGAGCAGCCUCAUCCUGUCCUGAUUUGGAUCCAGAGCUGGAACUUUGGGAUCCUGGGCAUGAUGAAGAUAAUCGGGUGAACAUCAGCCACGGCCAAAGGCUUCUUCUGGCCUCCUCUGCAACUGUCCACUCCAUCCACAUCACAAAUGGAGGAAAGCUAGUGAUUAAGGACAACACAAACCCCAUUGUUUUGCGAACUCGACAUAUUCUGAUUGAAAAUGAUGGAGCGUUCUAUAUUGGGAGCGAGAGCUGCCCUUUCCAGGGAAACCUAACCAUCAUUUUGUAUGGACGUGCCGAUGAUGGCACCCCAACGGACAGUUACUUUGGGAAGAAGUAUAUUGGGGUUAUUGGUGGUGGGACCUUGGAGAUCCAUGGUGAGAAGAAGCUCUCCUGGACUUUCCUGAACAAGACUUUGAACCCAGGCGGCUUGCAGGAAGGCGGCUACUAUUUCGAACGAAGCUGGGGUCAUCGUGGCGUCAUCGUCCAUGUCAUUGAUCCAAAGACAGGAGCAGUUAUGCAUUCUGACAGAUUUGACACUUACAAGCUCAAGAGCGAAAGCCUCCGCCUUGUCCAGUACUUGAACGCAGUCGAUAACGGCAGGAUCCUGUGCGUUGCAGUGAAUGACGAAGGGUCCAAGAACCUGGAUGACUCAGCCAGGAAAGCGAUGACCAAGUUGGGCAGCAAGCAUUUCCUCCACCUUGGCUUUAGGCAUCCAUGGAGCUUCAUUACAGUCAAAGGAAGGCCUUCUUCUUCUGUCGAAGACCACAUAGAAUACCAAGGACGUAGAGGUUCAGCAGUGGCCAAAGUAUUCAAAGUGUUCCAAGCAGAAAACGGAGAGCAUUUUAACGUAUCUUCAACCAGUGAGUGGGUUCAAGAUGUUGCAUGGACUGAAUGGUUUGAAAAGCCUGAAAAAUCCAAAUCCAAAGAUGGGGAGAAACUUUCGGACUUCAGAGCCGCUCACCCAGAAGUCUGUGACCACCCUCUUGAUAUCCAGGUUGGCCUCAAGGUGUUCCUGGGCGAACAAGGCCAGUGGUUUGGAGAGAAUAAUAAUGAUGAUGUGAGACCCAAGCUUACCAUCACGGUUGACACAAAUGUAAACAGCACCAUCUUGAGACUGGCAGAUAACGUGCAGUCAUGGAAAGUGGGCGAUAGGAUUGUUGUGGCCAGUACAGAUUAUUCCAUGCGYCAAGCGGAGGAAUUCCAGAUCUUGCCAUGCAGAGCCUGUGGGCGCCAUGAAGUCAAAGUGGCAGGAAAAGCGACCUACCUUCACACCGGAGAAGUAAUUGAUGGAGUGGAUAUGCGUGCCGAAGUGGGUCUGCUGAGCCGGAACAUCGUAGUGAUGGGAGAGAUGGAGAACGAAUGCUACAAUUACAAUACUGAUCUGUGCUCCUUCUUUGAUUUUGAUACGUUCGGUGGCCAUCUCAAGUUUGGUCUGGGAUUCAAAGCAGUCCAUAUGGAAGGGGUUGAGCUGAAAUACAUGGGCCAGCAGUUGCUGGGACACUACCCAGUCCACUUCCACAUGGCGGGAGAUGUGGAUGAGGAAGGAGGCUACCACCCACCGACCUACGUGAAAGACAUCUCCAUCCAUCACUCCUUCUCUCGUUGCGUCACGGUCCAUGGCUCCAAUGGUUUGCUGAUCAAGGAUGUCGUUGGGUACGAUGCGUUGGGACACUGCUUUUUUACAGAAGAUGGGCCCGAGGUACGCAACACCUUCGAUCACUGCCUUGGACUUGUGGUGAAGCCAAGCACGUUGCUGCCAUCGGAUCGGGACACAAGAAUGUGCAAGACCAUCACAGAAGAUGCUUACCCAGGAUAUGUCCCAAAACCUAGGCAGGACUGCAAUGCCGUAUCCACUUUCUGGAUGGCCAAUCCACACAACAACCUUAUCAAUUGUGCAGCGGCGGGAUCUGAAGAAACCGGUUUUUGGUUCGUUUUGCAUCACGUGCCAACGGGGCUUUCGAGAGGGAUGUAUCCUCCCGGCUUCUCCGAACACAUUCCAAUGGGAACGUUCUAUAACAAUCGGGCACAUUCCAACUAUCGAGCUGGAAUGAUCAUCGACAAUGGAGUGAAAACUACACCUGCUUCAGCCAAGGACAAAAGACCCAUCCUAACUUUGAUUGCUGGAAGGUACAGCCCGCAUAAAGAUUCGGACCCUUUGAAGCCCCGGGAACCGGCCAUCAUCCAGCACUUCAUUGCCUACAAGAACCAAGACCAUGGCGCUUGGCUGCGGGGAGGAGACGUGUGGCUGGAUUCCUGCCAAUUUGCUGACAAUGGCAUUGGCCUCACGUUGGCAAGUGGAGGCACCUUUCCUCAUGACGAUGGAUCAAAACAAGAAAUCAAGAACAGCCUCUUUGUAGGCGAAAGUGGAAAUACGGGGACCGAAAUGAUGGAUAACCAUGUCUGGGGCCCUGGAGGCUUGGAUCACAGCGGACGGACGCUUCCCAUUGGCCAGAAUUUUCCAAUUAGAGGGAUUCAGUUUUAUGAUGGACCCAUCAAUGUCCAGAAUUGCACGUUCCGGAAAUUUGCUGCCCUGGAAGGCCGCCACACCAGUGCCCUGGCCUUCCGCCUGAACAAUGCCUGGCAGAGCUGCCCAAACAACAAUGUCACCAACAUCUUCUUCGAAGACGUCCCCAUAACUUCUAGAGUAUUCUUUGGAGAGCCAGGACCUUGGUUCAAUGGGCUGGAUAUGGAUGGAGACAAAACAUCUGUUUUCCAUGAUGUAGACGGCUCUGUAUCUGAAUAUCCUGGAUCGUACCUGAUCAAAGAAGAUAACUGGCUGAUUCGGCAUUCAGACUGCAUUGAUGUCCCAGAUUGGAGGGGCUCUAUCUGUAGUGGACAGUACGCCCAGGUAUACAUCCAAGCCUACAAAUCAGCCAACUCGAGGAUGAAAAUAAUAAAAAAUGACUACUACACCCAUCCAUUAUACUUAGAAGGGGCUCUUAGUAAAAGCACCCACUACCAGCAAUAUCAGCCUGUGAUCACUCUGCAGAAAGGCUACACCAUCCAUUGGGACAAGACUGCUCCGGAGGAACUGGCCAUCUGGCUUAUUAAUUUCAAUAAGAAUGAUUGGAUCGCAGUCGGGCUUUGUUAUCCUAAAGGGACAACAUUCUCCAUUCUCUCGGAUAUCCAUGAUCGGCUUACGAAGAAAACAAGCAAAACUGGUACAUUUUACCCAGCUCUUCAAAUGGACAAACUUGAGUAUCGAAACCCUACCAAAGGGUACUACUAUUGGGAUGAAGAGACUGGGUUGUUGUUUCUCAAACUAAGAGCUCAGCACGAGAAAGAGCCCUUUGCCUUCUGCUCUGUCAAAGGCUGUGAACGAAUCCGAAUCAAAGCCAACAUCCCCAGGAACCCAGAGAGCAGUGACUGUGAAGCUAAAGCCUACCCAAAAUAUUCCGAAAAGCCAUCUAUAGAAGUGCCAAUGCCCAAGAAGCUUCCCAGCACAAUUUCAAAGAGGGACCACUUUGUGGAAGUGAAGAUAGACAGCCACAAAACUAGAUAUUUCCACCUCCGGGAUGACUUUGCAUAUAUUUCCGUUGAAGGAAAAAAAUUCUAUCUUUCUGAAGACGGGAUCCAAGUAGUGGUGAUUGAUGGGUACAAUGGAAAACUCGUGGAUCAGAUGAGCUUCAAGAACUCCAUUCUGCAAGGAAUUCCAGCACAGAUAGAAAACUAUGUCAAUAAUAUCCGGGCCAAUUCCAUAGUGGUGAUGACAUCCAAAGGAAAAUUAAAUUCAAAAAGCCCAUGGACUAAAAUCCUGGAUAGGCUUGGAGCAGAGACAGGCUUUAAAUUAAAAGAUAAAUUUGCUUUUGUUGGAUACAAGGGCAGCUUCCGUCCAUACUGGGUAAAGCUGAAAACAGACGAGGAGGCAGUGAGGAUCUUCCAAGCGUUGCCAGUUCCAGUGGUGAAGAAAAUGAAAUUGUGAGGAAGUUGCGCAUGUCACCUUUCUGCUUUUCUCAACAACAGAGAAGACAUUGAGGACAGCAGUGCCCGUGGCCCUUAAAAGAUGUAAUAUAUUUUGUUGAUGUACAUAAAAGAAAUCUUAUUAUAAAUGAAUUAAGGGGGCCGCAUCGGCCUACCAGCAUUCCUGAACCACUGCAAGUCAAGUUCAUUGAUCUGCUUACGAAGAAUGGGUCAACUGUCCUCUUCUCGCAGACAAACAUGAAGGCAAGGAGAAGUUCAUCCUUUGUAGCCAUGUCCUUUUGGAAAGGCAUUGGGUUUGCCACUGUGUGAACAGAAUA